CCGCCUGCCCGGCCCGUGCGGGCACGGCCGCCAUGGGCUGGCUGGGGGCGGCCGGGCGGCGGCUGCGGCGGCGGCUGCGGGGCGCCGAGGUGGUGCGGGAGACCUGCCGGCAGUACCCGCUCUCCUGCUGCCUCCUCCUGGGGCUGGGCGCCGCCACCCUCCUCCUCAACCGGUAUCUUCACGUCUUAAUGAUCUUCUGGUCGUUCGUGGCUGGUGUCGUCACCUUCUACUGUUCCUUAGGACCGGAUUCCCUCUUGCCCAAUAUUCUGUUCACAAUAAAAUAUAAACCCAAGCAGUUGGAAUUGCCGGAGCUGUUUCCCCACGGUCACAGUUGUGCUGUAUGUGGCAAGGUCAAAUGCAAGAGGCACAGACCUACGUUGCUUCUGGAAAACUAUCAGCCAUGGCUGGAUCUGAAAGUGCCUUCCAAGGUUGAUGCGUCACUCUCAGAGGUGCUUGAGUUGGUGCUGGAAAACUUUAUUUAUCCAUGGUACAGAAAUAUUACUGAUGAUGAAUCCUCAGUGGAUGAACUGAGAGGCACACUGCGGUUUUUUGCAUCCGUGUUAGUUCGAAGAAUUCACAAGGUGGAUAUUCCAACCGUUGUAACAAAGAAGAUGCUCAAGGCAGCAAUGAAACACAUUGAAGUGAUAGCCAAGGCCAGGCAAAAAGUAAAAAAUGCAGAAUUUUUGCAGCAGGCUGCUUUAGAAGAAUAUGGACCAGAACUCCAUGUUGCUUUGAGAAGCCGAAGAGAUGAACUUCACUACUUAAGAAAACUUACUGAACUUCUUUUUCCUUAUAUUUUGCCCCCAAAGUCAACAGAGUGCAGAUCCCUGGCUCUUCUGAUAAGAGAGAUUCUUCCUGGUUCUGUUUUCCUCCCCUCGAUGGAUUUCUUAGCUGAUCCUGACACUGUCAACCAUUUGCUGCUGAUCUUCAUUGAUGAUAGUCCACCUGAGAUAGCAACUGAACCUACUUCUUCACUGGUUCCAUUCCUUCAGAAAUUUGCGGAGCCAAGAAAUAAAAAACCAUCUGUACUGAAACUGGAGCUAAAGGAGAUCAGAGAUCAACAAGACCUUUUAUUUCGGUUUAUGAACUUCCUGAAACAGGAAGGGGCAGUACAUGUGCUGCAGUUCUGCCUGACUGUAGAGGAAUUCAAUGACCGAAUUUUGCGACCAGAACUGUCAGAUACUGAAAAGAUGUCUCUUCACGAGGAAGUACAGAAAAUUUACAAAACUUACUGUUUGGAUGAAAGCAUUGACAAAAUUAGAUUUGACCCUUUCAUAGUGGAAGAAAUUCAAAGAAUUGCUGAAGGUCCAUAUAUGGAUGUUGUGAAACUUCAAACUAUGCGGUGUCUUUUUGAAGCUUAUGAGCAUGUACUUUCUCUGCUUGAGAAUGUUUUUACUCCAAUGUUCUGUCACAGUGAUGAGUACUUCAGACACCUUUUAAGAGGAGCAGAGUCACCAACACGCAAUUCAAAGUUUAACAGAAGUAGCCUGAGUUUGGAUGACUUACGGACCACACAGAAGAGAGGAGAAUCAUUUGGAAUCAGCAAAAUAGGGAACAAAAUAAAAGGUGUAUUCAAGAGUUCUGCAAUGGAAGGAGCUAUGUUGCCGAACUAUAACUUAAACGAAGGAGAAGAUGACUUUAUUGAAGAAGGCGUUAUGGUGAUGGAAGAUGAUUCUCCUGAGGAGGCUGUCACUACCCCAAACACACCCCGCAACCUUGCUGCAUGGAAAAUUAGCAUCCCAUAUGUAGAUUUUUUUGAUGAUCCCUCCCUGGAAAGAAAAGACAGAAAGGAGAGAAUUCCUGUAUUCUGCAUUGAUGUAGAGAGAAAUGAUAGAAGGGCAGUUGGACACGAACCUGAACACUGGUCUGUCUACAGGAGGUACCUGGAAUUUUAUGUGCUUGAGUCGAAGCUUACAGAAUUUCAUGGUACGUUUCCUGAUGCUCAGCUUCCCUCAAAGCGAAUCAUUGGCCCCAAGAACUAUGAGUUCUUAAAAUCCAAGAGAGAGGAGUUUCAGGAAUAUCUGCAGAAACUUCUACAACAUCCAGAACUGAGUAACAGCCAGCUUUUAGCUGAUUUCCUGUCCCCUAAUGGAGGAGAGACUCAGUUUCUUGAUAAAAUGUUGCCCGAUGUGAAUCUUGGUAAAAUCAUAAAAUCUGUUCCAGGAAAACUCAUGAAAGAGAAAGGUCAGCAUUUGGAGCCGUUCAUCAUGAAUUUUAUCAACUCCUGUGAAUCUCCCAAGCCUAAACCAAGUAGGCCUGAACUUACCAUUUUGAGUCCCACUUCUGAAAAUAAUAAGAAGCUUUUUAAUGAUUUAUUCAAGAAUAAUGCAAACCGGUCUGAGAAUACAGAAAGGCGACAAAAUCAGAACUACUUCAUGGAAAUGAUGACUGUAGAAGGAGUCUAUGACUACCUAAUGUAUGUUGGUAGGGUAGUUUUCCGCAUUCCUGACUGGCUGCAUCAUCUCUUGAUGGGAGGAAGAAUUCUCUUCAAAAAUACAUUGGAACUGUACACAGACUAUUACUUGCAUUACAAAUUAGAACAGCUAUUUGAGGAGCACCGGUUGGUUUCUCUGAUAACACUGCUGAGAGAUGCCGUGUUCUGUGAGAACACUGAGCCUCGCUCUCUCCAGGAUAAACAGAGGCGAGCAAAGCAGACUUUUGAAGAAAUGAUGAGAUACAUUCCAGAUUUAAUAGGGAAGUGCAUUGGGGAAGAGGCUAAAUAUGAAGGCAUCAGGCUUCUGUUUGAUGGACUGCAGCAACCAGUGCUCAACAAACAGUUAACCUAUGUUCUGCUGGACAUUGGGAUUCUAGAACUCUUUCCAGAGCUGAGUAAGGGUCCAAAGGAAACGAGCUCUGUGUCAAGUUGGAUGUGAGUGAAGGGACCUUGCUGGACACCCAGUAGCAUCUGCUGUGCACUUUUGUAAUGGACAUGUGACAUUUUAACCUUGCCUUGUAUAUUUUCUUGUAAAUAACAUAAAAUUUAAGUUCUAAAAAAUAUCUUUAUUCAAUAAAGACAUAAAAAUUUAAUAUCAGUUGCAAGUAAAUAAAAUAUUUGUACUUUUUGUUUAAAAUUUGUUUUAGCUGUUACCAGUAAAAGUCAAAUUAAUUUCCCCCAAAUCUCUCCAUGUGUGAAAUUACAGAAUGACAUUAAAUAAAGCGGCUCAGAGAUCAGCCAACUUACGCUUUACCAAAAGAGCAAUUACUAGAUGUCUUCCUUAAAGGAUAUGUAGAAAAAAUGUUUGGAAGAAGCUGUAGAAUGCUCUCGUUAUGUUAUUUUUAACUGUCUUUUAACAAAUCUUACUAUUUUUUAGAAAACCGAAAUUAUGGAAUUGAAUCUGUUGCAUACAAAUAAUCUCAGAACUAUCUUUGACCUUUAUGCUCUCUGUGAGCAUGGAAAAUAACAUGUAAUUUAGUCUAUUUAAUACAUGACCUUUAAAUCUAAAGCAUUCUUGAAGUAAUAAUGGGUGUGAAAAGUGGUUUUGACUUUUACCUUAGCCUUUAUUUUUCUGCAGUUUCUUACCUGGGAUUACCUGACAUCUGGCAUCCCAGGAUGCAAGUGUGUUCACAGCUUUUUUUAAAAAUUUAUUCCUAUAAAAUUGGGUGGAAGAUUUUUCCUGUAAAUCUUAAUUUGUUGGCCCAGCCUUUAUAAAAGAGACUUUGAAAUGGACUUUCGUGUGUGGAUUUUUAACAAGUUUUACUCACAGAACAAUACAGCGAUACUUUAAUAGGCAUUCCUCAGUUUUUACUUUCAGACAAUACCCAUUUUCUCCUUCACUACAAACCAACCAAUCUAAUGCAGCGUUGGUGUUCUUUGUCAACACAGUUUGUGCUAUCUGUCUGUAUUACUACUGCAAACCUUUUCCUUCUCUUUGUCAAAGGAAGGUAAAAUUGUUAUUUCUCUUCUCUCUGGCUAUGCCAAAGGAGUUGUUACAACUCUAAAAAUUGGUGCGCAGGUAGAGUUUGGUCCAUAAGUGCCCUCUCUGUUACUGGUUUUAUGUUGAUUUGGGUAAGACCAUUCUGUAAAUUAACUACUCUUAAGGGCUGAUAUCGGCAAACCAUCAAUGCCAGGGCAUAAGAAGUAGUGUGUAAAGGUCAGUCAUCGUUUGUUGUCGUGUUGCAGCUGUGUAGUCCAGAGCUUUUCAUGCACAACCUCUCAAUGUAUGUGGAAAUGAAUGAGAUCUUGAAAUUUAAAUAUACUGAGUGUUUAUCUUAGUGCACCUUCUCCUUGAAAUCUGCAGAUGCAGUGAAUUUAAGAGCCAAGUAGCUUCAGGGUUGAAAAAGAGUGUAGUGAGCUUUCCAGAAAAACAAAGCGGGUUUAUUUAAAACACUGAUAAUCAGUUUAAAAUAGCAUUGAACAACAUGAAAACACAUUGAUGGCAGAAAUCCCAGUGUGAAUGAACUUAGAAAAAUAAUGGUUGUUUGCAUUCAUUUAUAAUCAAUCACUUCUUGAUAAAGCAUCAGAAGUGUACACUUAGCAUUUAGUCUGAUUUUUGAUUUCAUACUCAUUAGCCUGUAUUUACAACUGUAUUUUUUUAAACACAGCCUUCCCAUAGAAAAGAUGGGCUUUUGAGGUAUAACCACAGUUAUCAUAAAGACAGGUUAUGCUGUAGAAAGUCCCAUUACCUAGCUUUUUCCAAAGGAUGCCACAGUGCUGCAGGAGUCAGUGCCUCUAUCUGACAUUCUCUGAGAAUGUUGCUGAUACAGAGUAAGAGGCAGGAGUCCUGUGCUUUGUUCUUUUGGAAAAGGUAAAAAAUCUAGCAUAUUUAUAUGAAACACAGUCAUAGAUUGUGUUCUUGCUCUAGACACAGUCCCCAAACUGGUCAUAUAAAGAAUGAAGAAUACUCAAUUUGUUAAAAUUUAUCAAAAUCAAGCUUUCAUUGCAUCCUUUAUUAAUGGAAAACAUAAGUGAGAUGGUGCAUCUUCAAAAGUAAAACAAACUUUUUUAAAAUUGCAUGUUAAAUGGGCCUCAUGAUUUUAAUGGCACUGACUUUAAUCCAGCUCUUUCAGAUAUUGGUGUAGGUAUGAUAAAUAUGACUGGAAGCAAAGUAGAAAUAUUAGGUUUGAAUACCUUAACCCUGAGUGGAGAUCAAUGAAAGGAAUAUACACCUAUAAUAAAUCCAUUUCUAGAA